UUGACAGAUGCUCUUUUUCAACCCGCUCCUGGUCGCAAGACGACGUAGCGCCGUGUGAUUUCUCGCGAAUUUCGCAUUCUUUGGGACCGACCGAUCCGUGGAUCAAUUCCCAAACCGCCACCAUGGCCGACCAAGCUGCCGAGGAUGGAACCAGAAAGAAGCGUACCUUCCGUAAAUUCACCUACCGCGGGGUGGACCUGGACCAGCUGCUGGACAUGAAGCAGGAGGCGCUGGUGGAGCUGAUGCACAGCCGGGCCAAGCGGCGCUUCAAGCGUGGACAGCGCAGGAAGCCGCAGGCCCUGAUCAAGAAGCUGCGCCUGGCGAAGAAGAACACGCCCCCGAACGAGAAGCCGGCGUGCGUGAAGACGCAUCUGCGUAACAUGAUCAUCCUGCCGGAGAUGGUCGGCUCGACCGUCGGUGUGUACAACGGCAAGACGUUCAACCAGACGGAAAUCCGACCGGACAUGAUCGGCCACUACCUGGGCGAGUUCUCGAUGACGUACAAACCCGUCAAGCACGGUCGUCCUGGUAUCGGUGCCACCCACAGCUCCCGUUUUAUUCCGCUUAAGUGAAGUGUGAGUGUGGUGGUUCGUGUGGUGUUUAUUUUCUAUCGGAAAAUGGUGGUGAAAAUACAAAACCGAAUGUAAACAAACUA